GAGGGAGGGCGGGAGAUCAAUGUAUAAAUAAAACAAAAAAAAUAAAAAAAUAAAACAAAAAGGACAUGAGAGAUGUAGUGUGAACGGCGGCUCUGGGAGAAGCUGCUGAACGCGCCGUGCGUAACAGUGCGGGGAAGCAGGUGGAUGGAGAGGCUGGCGGGAUGCGGCUUUCCGGCGGGUCGGAGCCCCGUUUGGGAGCAGCGGGACUCGGCGUGCUCUACCGUGGGACAACCCGGACGCGACACAGUGACGAUGGAGCUUUCUGAUUUAAAUAUUGACUUUGCUCUGUUUUACUUCCUCUGUACCGCUGGAAUGUGAUCAUUGUGGCUCCUUGAACAUAAAAGUCCCCAGUCAUCCCAGUCCCCAGAUCCCCAAACCUUGAGACUACAAAGUUUCCACUUGCCUCUUCCCUUGGCUGCUGUUUUUUCCCCCCAGCUUAAAACCUUAAUGAAUCCUUUUAACCUUAUUAUUAUUCAGUGAAAUCAGUGCUUUGAGGCAGUGAAGUAAAACCCAUUACCAUCCUCGUUUUAUGACUCCCAUCUUUCAUACCAACUUUAUCUUAAACCCAUAAGACCUUCUGAUUCAAGUCUUUGAGUCAUGGCCUUGGAUGUGUGGCCCUACAUCCCACCGUCCCCUAACAUCACCAUCCCAGAGCCCCUCCUGUAUGACACCUAUAACCAGGAGAAUGACUCGGACCUGAGCGGCAACUUCUCGGACACCAGAGAGCUCCAUCAGGACAAGACCAGCUCGGUCGUCCUCACCUUCAUCCACUUCAUGGUGUGUGCCGUGGGACUAUGCGGCAACACCUUGGUGAUCUACGUGAUCCUACGCUACGCCAAGAUGAAGACGGUGACCAACAUCUACAUCCUGAACCUGGCGGUGGCGGACGUCCUGUGCAUGAUGAGCCUGCCGUUCAUCGCUCUGCAGCUGGCGCUGGUCCGCUGGCCCUUUGGAGAGGCUCUGUGCCGGGUGAUCAUGACCGUAGAUUCUCUCAAUCAGUUCACCAGCAUCUUCUGUCUCAUGGUGAUGAGCAUUGAUCGGUACCUGGCCGUGGUUCACCCCAUUCGGUCCACCAAAUGGCGGAAGCCCCGUAUUGCCAAACUAAUCAACGUCACAGUGUGGGGCAUCUCACUGAUAGUCAACCUGCCAACUAUGAUCUUCAGCGGCCUGAACCAACUGCCAGUGUGCGGGAUAGUGUGGCCGGAGCCCCAGGACCUCUACUACAAGAUCUUCAUUUUCUACACCUUCUCCAUUGGAUUUUUCAUGCCCCUAGCAGUGAUAUGUCUGUGCUACCUGCUCAUAAUAAUCAAGGUGAAAUCAUCCGGAAUACGAGUGUGUUCCUCCAAGCGAAAGCGUUCCGAGCGCAAGGUGACGCGGAUGGUGUCCAUUGUGGUGGUGGUGUUCGUCCUCUGCUGGCUACCUUUCUACAUUUUCAACGUCACCUCCGUCACCAGCUCCAUAACGCCCACCUCGGCGGUGAAGACUUCGUUCGACUUCGUGGUGGCGCUGGGCUACGCCAACAGCUGCGCCAACCCUAUCCUGUACGCCUUCCUGUCCGACAACUUCAAGAAGAGCUUUCAGAAUGUUCUGUGCCUGAAGAAGGUGGCAGGCCUGGACGAGAUAGAGCGCAGCGACAGCCGGGCGGACCGGAGCCGGAUGGUUAACGAAGCCAUGCUCAUCAAUGCCAACCUGGAGACCCAUAACUCCGCCCUGCUCAACGGUGAGCUGCAGACGAGCAUCUGAUUGGCAAGGGAGCGGCGACGACAUCCAAAGAGGCGAAGAAAGCAACGGGCUGCUGCCUGUUCAAAUUGCAAGGCCAUGACAAUGAUGUAACGGCAGCUCAUGGACACAUGAGCAAAGUCUGACAGAAAAAUAAACAGUUUCUUGAGGGGUUCGUAGAGUUCACAGAAAGUGCAUUGGCUCCAUUUAUAGACUCCUGACGAUGGGGUAAAUGAGGCAACCUGUUUACCUUCAAAUCGACCGCAAGUAUGAGAGAUUUAUUUUGUUUGAAAUAAGAGUGCUUGUGGUGCCCGUCAGUUUCCCUCUUCAGAGAUCCAAGCAAAUAGUAAGAUGAGAUAGACCGCUGCGGACAUGGAGUGAAGAAAUACAAGAGCAACAUUGCCCUGUAUCGGCUGGAGAGUAGUCCGAAUUAGAUCGACAACCUCUACUGAAAUCACCUUCGCAAAGACGGAAACAACAAAGGAAUACUUCUAUUUUCUGUAGCCUUUUAGUUGCAAGAGACUGAAACCGCCGCCCACAGACAACAAGUGUUACUGUAUAUUUUACUCAUGUCAGCGUAUUAGUUUGGUUGUUUAGAACUGAAAGGGGGAACAAAGAGGUAUCCUUUUAUCUUCUGACGGAUUCUGUUCUCGUUUGUCUGGCUUUUAACUUCACGGAAGGAGUAGCGACAACUCGUAAGCACCAAUUCAACAUCUCGGAUUAAUGAUCAAGGAUGGGAAAUCAUUUCUGCAGGCGGUCUAACCUUGCUUCUCCAAAACAACUUGACUUUGUACAUAGCAAACAGAUUUCGAGGAAACUUUGCAACAAAGUGAUAUUACUGCUUCAUGUGUGUCCAAGAAUUAAAUGGAUUUUAAUGGCAAGGCAAACUUCUACAUAUUCUUGCCAACUGAAGUCGGUGAUAUGUACAGUAUAGGUCUACUUGAUCCUGACUUUUACAGGAGUCGUCACUGCAAAGAGCCCUAUAUCUAUUUGUACAUUUCGACAAGCGCGCUGAUUCGUGGUAAAACGUGACCCUCUGAUUCCCGUUUGCUUUGGUAUGAGAGGGUGAGAGGGUGUCCAAAUUUCCCAGAAGGCUGAAAAAUGCGUCACGCAUCUGAACAAGGGGGAGAGAAACAAUGAAACACACGGAGAGUAGGAAAAAGGGAGAAAUACGUGCGUGACGAAGAUAAAGUUUAAAAAGGCUGUGGUGGGAUGUAUGAAUCAAAGAGAAUAGCAGAAAGUAAGGUCCUUGAAUAUGUGGGUGAGUGAGUAAGGCUGGAUAAAAAACACUUAUUCAAGUUCUUCACACUUGAAUAAGUGUGAAGAACAAGCAUUAUGCAACAUAUAUAUAUAUAUAUACAUAUAUAUAUAUAUAUAUAUAUAUACACACACACAAACACACAUUCAUUUCAGUACAUUAAAAUAUUACUGGAAAGUUAAUUUAUUCCAAAGUAAAAAGUCAAAUCCAUAUAUAAAUUGAUCAGUUUUGAUGAUUUAUGGCUUACAGCUAAAGAAAACCCCAAAUUUAGUUGUUCAAAAAAUAAAUAUUAGAGAUAUUAUAUAAAACCAUAAGUAAUUUAGGGAAAGGGGCUCCUCUGAAUGAAUUACUGCAUCAGUAUAUCAUGGUAAGGCAGAAAUCAACCUAUGGCUCCUUUUAGGUCUUAAGAAAGGCUGGGCCGCCUUAAGGGUGUUUUCACACUGAUGGAAGGUGGGCUCUAUUUGAUAUGGGACCUAAAAAUGACAUUUGUUAUAUUUGCGGUUCGCUUUCAUACCACACUCAAACCAGCCAAACCCCUUUGAGGAACCUGUUCCCCCUCUUGCCUGUGCAUUGCACCAAGAACCACUAAAGGAAAUGACAAAAAGAAAAAAAAAACUCUUAAGAGGUUUUUGAGAGGUUCUUAGCACAACUUCUCCCUUCACAAAUUGUAAAUAAAAAUGGAGAUUUUAGCAGUUGUAGGAUUUCUCUUUUGUCUUUGGCAUAAAAAAAUCACGAGCCAUUUGUUCUGCUAGCUCUAGAGACUGAUGCAUUUGUUUUGGUUGCAUAUACGCAGAAUGUCCUAUGGUUAACUUCCUGCUUUUGGAGAGGCCUCCUGUUCACAUAUGCAUUCAUUUCACACUGGAGUUUAUUACAACCAAACAGAGACCUAGGUUUUAAGACGGACCAUAAGUCCACCUCAGAGUUUGAUUGCACAUUCACACCUCCACGAACCAACCGGAUUUUCUUGGCAAACGAACUAGAGUUUGAUUAAGAUGGACUAAACAGGACUAAUGUGAAUGCACCCUUCGUGACCUUAGGCUUAUCUGCAUUGUGCUGUUCUGGUGUCUCUCAUUUCGAUUCUAUAGGGUUAAGGGCAGGUGAGUUUGCUGUCCAGUCAAGCACAGUGAUCCCAUUGUCAGUCAAUCUGGUAUUGGUACUUUUAUCCUUCUGGAGAAUGGAAUGAGAAUUUCCAUACACUUGCCAAUGGAUGGAAGCAUUAAACACCUUAUAAUCUACAAGCAAAUUGCAGAUUUUUCACUUGAUAAAAGGUUUUGGGUCAACAAAAGCGAAUGACAUGCAAAUCAUCCCUGAAUGUGGACCUUUACACUGAACCUGAAGCUACUUGGAUUCUGUGCCUCUUCACUCUAAAAUUUCCUUUCCUCCACAAAGACAACUUUGGAUCACUGAUUUGGAUCACUAGAACCAUCUGAUUUGUGUGGUUCAGGAUUGAUUUGACAUGAGAGAUAUGAGUUGUACUCCAUAUCCUAGGUACAUCCUUGUGUCUCGGCUCUUGAAGCUCUGAAUCCAUCCACAAAUGUCUUUAAGCUUUGCUUUACAGUCCUUUAAAGGCAGCAAGUACAUCUGUCUGUUCUGCAGAUUUCCUCUCCACUUCGAAAUGCCAUUGACAUGCUUGUUUAGAAUACUCUGCCAGGUUAUUUACCUUUUCAUGCGUACAGUCCCUGUAGAGGGCAUUGAUGACUUUCAGCUUCACAACAGUUAAGUCAGCUGUCUUUCACACAACUGUGAAGGCGUUUGCGCCACGUUACUUUGGUAAAGAUUAUUUUCCUGUUGGUCUCAUAUUGAGUUUUCAUCAGCUAUAAGCCAUAAUCAACCAAACUACCAGAAUCAAACUUGACUUGAGUUGUUUUUUUAGCACUUUGAGUUUAAUGUAAUGUAUUUGACUUUCUUAAAUUGGCAUUAACAUUUUAGUAUUUGGAAUUAUUCAAUUGCACCUGUACAGUCUGCGUGCUGCCUGUCUGGUGAUUAGCAUUGCCUCCAUACCCAGUUUCCUCUAUUGCACCUCAUUAGUCUCGUUAUUCUGGUUUUCAUUUGUCACAAAACCCAGAAAAAUAUUUGCAUACAUUACCCUUGGGGUAAACAAUACCCUCAACAAGAGAAAGAGUGCGAAUGAGAGAAUUUCUACAAAAUUGGAAUGAGUCAUCCAAGACGGCCAGAGGUGAGCAGAACUGAGCUGUAAUCCUGAAAAAAAAAGGAUUUUUUUUUUUUCAGGAUUACUUCUCAUCGUCACCUCAUUCAAGGUGACGAUGAGAAGGACUGAUCCUACAGAAACUGUGUCACACUCAAACAUGAAUAUGCAAUCGUGAGCAUGGUUGGAUGCCUAAUUGGAAAUGAGCAGAAAGAAAUGUGAAUAAAGUUAAUACAGUGGAAAACAAUAUGUGCACUUAAAAAUUAUAUGCCACUUAAUCCGAAGCAAGAAAAGCAGAUGCAAAAGUUAUAUCCAUAGGAUGUCAGUUAUAGCUUCACUUUUCGCCAAUAAAUUCAAUAUUAGUGUCUUGUACUAAAAAUCAAAACAUAAAUGGUUUCUGUUGCAGAAGUUUGUCACAGUAUCAACGAUCAGAGACUCCUUUAAAACAGAAGGUGGUUCUCUCUACAUCAGCUGAUUUUAGUCAUGGUGGUUCCGGUUGAUUCUACAUUAGAUCCACGUUCUAGAACGUGGUUCUAAUGUGUAGCUAUAAUUACACAAGUGCCCCCAAGCCAAGGUUUGUUUUGUACAUACUAGUUGUUUGGACUGUUGUUAGCUGGAAUUGGGUCUUUGGUUCCAGAGGGAACCAAUGAUUGUGUAGAGUUACAGCUUAUUCCAAAAUUAUUUAUACUGCUUUUUAUUUAUUAAUUCAAUCAAGUCUGUUUCUGACAGGAAAUGACACAGGCGUCUCUCAAAAGAUAAAAAUAAUUAUUACUAAUGAAUAAACAUAAAACACUUUAAUUACAUAAGUGCAGUGAAACCCUUCUUGUAACUGCUUUUUUACAUCUUUAGUGUUAUUUUCUUCCUGGUAUAUUUAUUUAGUGUUGAGCACCAAGUCUUUGAGGCUGGAAGGCCUCCUUGAAAUCACCCUAAUCUUUAGCUCUGUCAACAGAUUAUGAAACAUUUGUGCUACUAAACCAACUGUAGUUCCACAAAACUCACUUAGCUGAGAAAACAGCGACAAACUUAACUGCAUAAUUGCAAAAGUCUAGAUUAUUAAUCUGUUUACAGAUUUGUAUUCCAUAAAUGUAGACAUUUUCAGUGUCUAGACUCGUUUUUAAAAUGGGAAACCCAUUUGACUAGCUAGUAGCCUUCCUUCUCUCUGGGAAGGAAGGGAAUUUUUACAAACUCAAUGCCAUAUGAGUCCUGUGUGGUCCAAAUAGUUGAACACCUAUUGAUACUUUAAUUUAAAUUUACUUUUGAUUAAAAAGGGUGAAGGAUUCCUAUCACAUACCGGCAUACAGCUGGCCUAUGUGUAAGCCCAGAAAACUAAAUUCAGCUUGUCAUUUUGACAUUUGCCUUAGUUUUAUUUCCUAUGCAUCUCAUUCUGCACAGUAUAAUAAACUAGAGGCAGUUAUUAGAAUGUUUGAGUCAUCUUAGGGUUUGUGUGCUAGACUUAGCAUAUAUGCUAAAGAAUGCUAGUGCAUUUGUGAGUGUUAGCAGUGAGCUCAGAACAAAAAUUAGACAACUUCUUAGCCUGGUUAGGUUUACAGCUAACGAGCAAAGCUAAAAUUUGACACGAUACCAGAAUCUGCUAUGCCUCAUAUUUUUUCCCAUUGUCAUUUUGAAGUCGAGACGUUUCAGCCAUAAAUCUUGACUCCCGGCUGCUUAAAUUUGACGCAUUUUUAAUUUUAGCUAAAAAUAACUGGAUUACUACGUGAUUACAACCUUACAGAAAAAGAUGUGUAUAAAAGUACACAGUGUUUUUUUUUUUUUUUUUUUUGGUACUCUGGUGCACAGCUUACAUU